CAAAAUGGAGCUGAGUGAUGCCAAUUUACAGACUUUAACUGAGUAUCUAAAGAAAACACUAGACCCAGAUCCUGCUAUAAGGCGCCCUGCGGAGAAGUUUCUUGAGUCGGUUGAAGGAAGCCAGAAUUACCCAUUGCUACUGUUAACACUGCUGGAGAAGUCACAGGAAAAUGUCAUCAAAGUUUGUGCAUCUGUAACCUUCAAGAAUUAUAUUAAAAGGAACUGGAGAAUUGUUGAGGAUGAACUGAACAAAAUAUGUGAAUCAGACAGGAUAGCAAUUAAAGCCAACAUAGUGCCCUUGAUGCUUAGCAGCCCAGAACAAAUUCAGAAGCAGUUAAGUGACGCUAUCAGUAUUAUAGGUCGGGAAGACUUUCCUCAGAAAUGGCCAGACUUACUGACAGAAAUGGUGAAUCGCUUUCAAAGUGGAGAUUUCCAUGUCAUUAACGGGGUCCUGCGCACUGCUCACUCUUUAUUUAAAAGGUACCGCCAUGAAUUUAAGUCAAAUGAACUAUGGACAGAGAUCAAACUGGUCCUUGAUGCCUUUGCUUUGCCCUUGACAAACCUCUUUAAGGCCACUAUUGAACUUUGCAGCACGCAUGCAAAUGAUGCUAGUGCUUUGAAGGUUCUCUUCUCUUCUCUCAUUCUAAUUGCGAAGCUGUUCUACAGUUUAAAUUUUCAGGAUCUUCCAGAGUUUUUUGAAGAUAACAUGGAAACAUGGAUGACAAAUUUUCAUAGUCUUUUAACUUUAGAUAAUAAACUUUUGCAGACUGAUGAUGAAGAGGAAGCUGGAUUACUGGAGCUUUUGAAAUCACAAAUUUGUGAUAAUGCUGCUUUGUAUGCUCAAAAAUACGAUGAAGAAUUUCAGCCCUACCUGCCACGUUUCGUAACAGCAAUCUGGAACCUGUUAGUCACAACAGGCCAGGAAGUGAAAUACGACCUGCUGGUCAGUAAUGCAAUCCAGUUUCUGGCCUCAGUUUGUGAGAGACCACAUUACAAGCAUCUCUUUGAAGACCAGAAUACAUUGACAAGCAUCUGUGAAAAAGUUAUUGUUCCCAAUAUGGAAUUUAGAGCGGCUGAUGAAGAAGCAUUUGAAGAUAAUUCUGAAGAAUAUAUAAGAAGGGAUUUGGAAGGAUCUGAUAUUGACACCAGGCGCAGAGCAGCUUGUGAUCUAGUCAGAGGAUUGUGCAAAUUUUUUGAAGGGCCCGUGACAGGGAUUUUUUCUGGAUACGUUAAUUCUAUGCUGCAAGAAUAUGCAAAGAAUCCGUCUGUUAACUGGAAGCACAAAGAUGCAGCUAUUUACCUUGUUACGUCUUUGGCAUCCAAAGCUCAAACGCAGAAGCAUGGAAUAACACAAGCCAAUGAACUUGUUAAUCUGACAGAAUUCUUUGUGAAUCACAUUCAACCUGACUUAAAGUCUGCUAGUGUGAAUGAAUUCCCUGUGCUAAAAGCAGAUGGUAUCAAAUAUAUCAUGAUUUUUAGAAACCAAGUACCUAAAGAACAACUGUUGGUAUCUAUUCCUCUCUUGAUCAAUCACCUUCAAGCAGAAAGUAUUGUGGUCCAUACUUAUGCAGCCCAUGCUCUUGAAAGACUGUUUACCAUGAGGGGGACAAACAAUACUACCCUCAUUACAGCUGCAGAAAUGGCACCAUUUAUAGAAGUGCUAUUAACAAACCUUUUUAAAGCACUGACGCUUCCUGGCUCAUCUGAAAAUGAGUACAUUAUGAAAGCUAUCAUGAGGAGUUUUUCUCUGCUACAGGAAUCCAUAAUUCCAUACAUGUCUUCUGUUAUCACACAGCUUACGCAGAAACUGCUGGCUGUCAGUAAGAAUCCAAGCAAACCCCACUUCAAUCAUUACAUGUUUGAAUCGAUAUGCUUGUCAGUAAGGAUAACGUGCAAAGCAAACCCGGAUGCAGUUGGGGGCUUUGAAGAGGCUUUAUUCAUGGUGUUCACUGAGAUACUACAGAAUGAUGUGCAAG